GGAAAGGAAAGGAAGAUAGAAAAAGGAAAGGAAGAGAAAAAGGAAAGAAAAGGAAAAGAUAGAAAAGGGAAAGGAAGAUAGAAAAAGGAAAGGAAAAAGAAAAGGAAAAGAAGAUAGAAAAAGGAAAAGAUAGAAAAGGGAAAGGAACAAGGAAAGGAAAGGAAGAUAGAAAAGUGAGGAAAAUAGAAAAAGAAAAGGAAAAGAAGAUAGAAAAAGGAAAGGAAAGAAAAAUAGAAAAAGGAAAGGAAAAAUAAAAAAUAAAAAAAGGAAAAGAAGUUAGAAAAAGGAAAGGAAAAUAGAAAAAAGAAAGGAAGAUAGAAAAAGGAAAGGAAAAAGAAAAGGAAAAUAGAAAAAAAUGAAAGGAAGAUAGAAAAAGGAAAGGAAAGGAAAAUAGAAAAGGAAAGGAAGAAAGAAAAAAGAAAAGAAAAAGGAAAGGAAAAAAGAGAAUAGAUAAAGAAAGGAAGAUAGAGAAAGGAAAGAAAGAUAGAAAAAGGAAAUAGAGAGCAAGAAAAGACCAAAGAAAGGGAGGAAGAAAAAAAGGAAAGGAGGGAAAUGGGAAGGAAGGAAAAAAACGAGAGGAAAGGAAAGGAGGUAGGAAGGAAGGGAAAGAGAAAUGUAAGCAAGCAAGAACAGACCAGAGGAAGGGAGGAAGAAAAAAAGGAAGGAGGGAAAUGAAGGAAGAAAGGGAAGGAGAGGAAGGGGAGGGGCGAGGCAGGCCUGAACGGAACGUGGGAAUGUGAAAGUGAAAUCGACUUUUCGAGGCCAGCCGAAAAGCGAGUCGCCGUCUUCUCCCCGCGGGCCAAGCGCUGCACCCCCGGUUUGACACCAUGGCCAAAUCCUGCACCGCCAACAUCCGAGUCGCCAAAGAGACGCGCGAGAAGAUGGCUCUCUUUAGAGAAUCACUUUUGAAAGAGGGCGAAGAGUUUCUUUUCACAUUUUUACCUGCAAAAAUAUUCCAGUUGGAUAAGUUUCUUAAGGAAAAUUCACUCAACGUUCAAGAUUUGACCACUCUUAAAGCUCCUUUGGAGAUCCCUAUUCCAGACCCCCCACCCAAAGACGACGAGAUGGAUACAGAAAAAGAGGAAAAGGAAGCUCCAAAAUGCGGCUAUCUCAAAGGAAACGAGGUUCUCAUUUCACUUCUGGAUCGCGUGAAACCCGAAGUUCGCGAGUUUAAAGAAAAAUGCAUUUUGGUCACGACCUGGAUCCAGUUCAUGAUCCCUAAAAUAGAGGACGGCAACGACUUCGGGGUGGCGGUUCAGGAGAAGGUACUGGAACGUAUCACGGCUUUGAAGACCAAAGCGGAAGCUUUCCAAACCACCAUUGCUAAAUAUUUUUUGGAACGUGGAGAUGCGGUCGCCAAGGCCUCCAAAGACACGCACGUGAUGGACUACCGGUGUUUGGUUCACGAACGCGACGAAGCCAUUUACCGAGAAAUGCAGAUGAUGGUGCUUGAUAUCCGUGGAUUUUACGCUGAGCUGUACCACAUCCUGAGCAAAAACUUGGAGAAGUUGACGAACCCCAAGGGCGAAGAGAAGCCGUCCAUGUACUAACAGAGAAAAACACAUUUAAGGGCAAACAGGCAAGGGAUGUUGUGUGGAUCACGGUAUCUUUGUACUAAUAACACAAUUUGCCAGAAUCUGCGACCGAUGUUCCUUGCAGGGGGAGCUCAACUUUUUCUGUCUUUUUUGGGAGGGUGUCGGGUGAACAUAAAAAUACAGGGUUAGAAAAAGAAAUGAGAUCUUUAGAACCCAGAAGGAGGGAGAUGAAAGGGAAAGAAGCAAAUUGGGUACCAAAAUAAAACGUUUCAACCAUU